CUCUCCGUUACGGUAGGGACUGGUUUUGCCGUGUUCCGUCCCAACCUGCCAACAUCCGUCCUGCGUUAUUGGCCACUGCAGAGCGUAAGAAGAAACUGCGCCCGUGUUCCAUCCCAACCUAACAACAUUCGAUCUACGUUAUCUGCCGGGGCUGCGGGCCGCGGCCGCUCAUGGCGGGAUGGAUCUCCUCCAAGCUCAAGGUUGCAGAGACGUUCCUCCAACAGAUCGAUCAGCAAGCAGCCGAAUCUCUGGGCAAGAACGUCGGGCCCCGAUCCCCAUCCAAGGCACCGGGCAGCAGCGACGAGAUCCCCAAAAGGACCGACUCGGCUCUUCCCCUCAAGUACCAGCUCCCGAAAAAAUCGCCCCCGCCGCCUGAUAUCGGUCAUCCGCGCGGCAAGCGCCUAGCUGCCGCCCAGCCGCCCUCCCCCGCCACUGAUCCCGAUCCGGCCAUCGCCGACGGCGACUGGACCGAGCUCCUUGGCUCUCCGAAGCCAGCCAGCGCCGCAGCCCGCCCCGAUGGCGGCACCACCAAGAAACCCAUGGCCCGCAAGGGAUCUCGCAGCGCCCAGAAGCUCGGAACGAGACCGAACUUUGCCGUGCCGGAAGGCGAACUUGUUAUUAAGGGUCCGUCUCGGGAAGAAGAACGAGAACGAGAACCCCCGUCUUCUGAAGUUCCAUCCUCUCGAGGAUCAUCAGAUUCCAGGCAGGGCACACCUUCUCCAGAAGAAUCUAUUAAAGGAGGACCUGGAUCACGGCUUUCUCAGUUGGAGAUUCACCGGGGAGACGUCCGCACUCUUGGCCUAAGGGAGAUGGAUUCGCCAUCACGAGAUGAUAAGGAGGUGGUUGGUGGUGAUGGUAGGAAAAGUAGUGGCAUUGCUGAGGGAGCGCAUCCUAACGUACCAGUUCCGAGGAACUCGGACACUCCUGAUAAUUCAAGGAGUUUUUUGGGGAGCAGUGAUGAGUCUGAGUCAGGGAGCAAUUCGUCCUCUACAUCAGAUUCGGAAAAUGAAAGCAAGAGGAGGGCAGAGAGGAGGAGGAGGAGGCAGCAGAUGUUGGCUGAAAAGAUGAAGGCGAUUGCUGCUGAGGCCAUCAAAGAACGCGAGAACAUUGUCGCCAGAUUAGAGGGUGAGAAGCAGAGCCUGGAGAAAAUACUUGUGGAGCGGGAGAAGAAACAAGCAGAAGAGGCUUCAGAGUUACAGAUGAGUAUGAUUGAAACCUUAGAGGCUGUAGAGAAGGAGAAAGAGAAACAUAAUAGUACAAGAAUGGAAGCUCUUGCUCGCUUGGCUAAGCUUGAGGCUACAAAUGCAGAUCUUGCAAGGUCACUUGCAACAAACCAAUGGAAUCUAGAAAUGGAGGUGAAUCGGGUUGCUGAACUUUGGCAACAAAUUGAAUUGAAGGAAUUGACUCAAGAAGAAUACAAAAGGAAGAUGUCUAAGACCCAUCAGGUUGCCUCCACUCUAGAUGAAACAGAUUCCUUGAGAAGGUCUCAACUCGAACAAGAAAUGCUUGGUGCAGAGUUCUCUUUCAUAUGUGAUAAAAUUGUGAAGUUGAAGGCCAUGGCAAAGAAGUUAGAAGACAACAUUGAAAUUACAAGAAGAGAGAUGCUGCAUCCAACUGAAGUAGAGGUUGAACUUAAAAAAAGGCUUGAUCAACUCACUGAUCGCUUAAUUCAGAAACAAACACAGGUUGAGUCUCUAUCAUCUGAGAAAGCAACACUGAUGCUGAGAAUGGAGAUGGUUUCCAAGUUGCUUGAUGAAAGUGGGUUGUCACUGCAAGCAAAUGAUUUUGCAGACUAUUUAGAAACUGGUUUAGCCAAUUUAUCAGCAAGAGUUGAUAUUGAGGCUGGGACAUGGCAAUUAUCAAGUUCGGUGCUAAAUCCAGCACUCCAUGAUAGAAUGAGAACCGGGCAGCAGCAACUAGGAUCUGUUCUUCGGCAGUUGGAUGCUAUCUUCUCUGCUGGUGUCGUCUGUCUGAGGAGAAAUCCAAAGGCCCAGAUCUGGUCGCUGCUUUAUCUUUUGUGCCUCCAUCUGUGGGUCAUGUAUAUACUAACCUCGCAUUCCCCAGUGUCAGAUAGUGCUAGACCUGGUGCAGUUUUCUCUUUAGAAGCCAUAAAUAAGACAUCAGGUUCCUGAUGUCAUACAAAUUUGCUGCUUGUUUUCUUUAUAUUUUGUAAUGUUAUUAUUCUUUAGGAGCAAUUAUGUUGUCAAAUGAGAUCUCAUUACCGUUCUUGAAAUGGAAAUAUGGAGGAAUGUUGUGUUGUGAGGU